CUUCAAACCCCCCACUUGGAUGGUGCCGUUGAGGAACUCUGCAGGAGGAGGAAGGGAGCUGGCUGAAGUUCCCUCCGGGUCUCUCUCCCUCUCCCCCAGGAGGCUUCCCGGAGCAGCCGCGGCGGAUCGCACCCUAGCUCUGUGUGAGGGGCCGUUUGGAAACCAGUCGCGAGGUGACAGUGAGGGGGAGAGGCCACAGGAAGCGACAUUGCAGAGCCUGAAGCUGUUUUGCAUCGCUUGGGAUUUUGUAGACAAGAGACUUUGCAACUAAUCUCCUGAGCGAAGGUUCUGUUUUAUCCCACAAGACCGGAAAUACAGCUUUGCUGGUUUUUGAUGAGCUCUAACCAUGGGGGAUGUGAAACUGGCAUCAUCGACUAGUAUUUCCAAAACCUCUGUGACGCUGGAGCACUCAUCUCUCAGCCCCUCUGUCCCAACAGAAGCACCAGCAUUCAUUCUUCCUCCUAGGAAUAUCCGAGUGCUGCUGGGAGGCACGGCCAGAUUUGAGGGGAAGGUCAGGGGCUAUCCAGAACCUCAGAUCACAUGGUACAGAAAUGGACUUCCCAUCACAGAGGGAGAGUAUUACGUAGUGGACCGCAGCAUUCGAGGGAUUUUCAGCUUAGUGAUCAAAAAUGUGCAAGAGGAAAAUGGUGGUAAAUACACUUGUGAGGCUGCAAAUGAUGGUGGAGUUCGCCAGGUGACAGUGGAGCUAACUGUGGAAGGAAACUCCUUGAAGAAAUACAGCCUGCCGUCCAGUGCCAAAACCCUUGGGGGCAGAUUUUCUGUUCCAUCAGUGGAGAACAGGCCAAGCAUCUGGGGAGAAAGUCCACCAAAGUUUGCUACGAAACCCAACAGAGUCAUCGUGCGUGAAGGCCAGACAGGCAAAUUCUCCUGUAAAAUAACAGGACGACCACAGCCUCAAAUAACUUGGUUUAAGGGUGAUAUUCAGUUGCAGCAAAAAGAUCGUUUCAACAUGUUUGAGAAAUCAGGCAUCCAGUUCUUGGAAAUCCAAAAUGUUCGUCUGGCUGAUGCUGGAACUUAUACUUGUACUGUGAUGAAUAGCUCUGGGAAGGCAUCUGUGUCUGCAGAACUCAUGGUUCAAGGUUCAGAUAAGACAGACCAGUAUGUUCACCCAUUAUGCACUCCAACAAAAUCAACUUCCACUGCAACCAAAGCUAUUGAAAAUUCAGAAUUCAAACUGGCAACUAGCAAUGGGAUUGCUAAGGAACUGAAAUCCAGCAGCACUGGCCUCACAGUUGAAACCAAAGAGAGGACAGCAGUUAAGAAAGAGGCCUCUUCUAUCUCCUCCAAAGAAGCCAAGGACAAUAGACAACGACAGCUCAGAGAACCCAACACAGAACCUGCUCAGGAACCUAAAGGAGAAGUGAGGGGAUCUCAGGGCCUACAGAAAACUUCCAGCACCAUAACCCUGCAAGCCAUUAAAGUGCAACCAGAACCAAAGGCAGAAUCCACGGCCACUUCUACUGGACAGGAUGAGGACAGGAAAGGGGCCACACAGCCCCUGACGACAACUCGACAAACUGCGUCUCUCAUCAGACAAGCUGGUCCAAGGAGUCGGGAAGCAGAAAACAGAGUUGGAACAAGGAAGAGCACAACAGAGCAGAAGAGGGAGCCUCAGGGAGUCCCUCCGCAGUUUGAGAGCCGUCCACAAAGCCAGGAAGUAUUAGAAGGCCAGGAGGUCAAAUUCAAAAGCAAAGUUUCAGGGAAACCAAAACCAGAUGUGGAAUGGUUCAAAGAGGGAACCCCGGUAAAAGGAAAAGAUGGCAUCCAAAUAUACGAAGAGGAUGGAAUUCAUUGCUUGUGCUUGAUGAAAACCCACUUGGGAGACAGUGGAUCCUAUAGCUGUACAGCCUUCAACCCCAGGGGUCGAACUUCCACCAGCUGGGUGUUAAGUGUAAAAAGGCCUAAAGUUGAAGAGAUUGCUCCGAGGUUUUCCAGUGUCUUGAAGGGAUGUACAGUGAGUGAAGGGCAAGAUUUCGUGCUGCAGUGUUCUGUGGAAGGUACACCUGUGCCUCAGAUCACCUGGCUCCUCAAUGAUGAACCAAUUCAGUACGCCCAUUCCAUCUUCGAAGAUGGGCUUGCAAAGUUGACUGUACAAGAUGCUUUACCGGAAGAUGAUGGUGUUUAUACCUGUCUGGCAGAAAACAGCACAGGACGGGCAUCCUGCAGUGCUCAAGUCACUGUCAAAGAAAAGAAAAGCAGCAAGAAAGUGGAAAGCACACAGUCUGUCCAGACUAACAAGACCUUUGCACCAGUCUUCCUUAAAGGCCUGACUGACCUCAAGGUAAUGGAUGGAAGCCAAGUAAUAAUGACCGUGGAAGUAUCAGCUAACCCACCUCCUGAAAUUAUCUGGCUGCACAAUGGGAAAGAAAUCCAAGAGACAGAAGACUUUCACUUUGAAAAGAAAGGCAAUGAAUACAGCCUGUACAUCCAGGAGGUAUUCCCUGAGGACACGGGCAAAUAUACCUGCGAAGCAUGGAAUGACUUAGGAGAAACUCAGACCCAAGCAACUUUGACUGUACAAGAACCUCAGGACGGUAUUCAACCCUGGUUCAUUAGCAAACCACGAUCAGUGACAGCGGCUCCUGGACAGAAUGUCCUUAUUUCCUGUGCCAUCGCUGGAGACCCUUUCCCCACAGUUCACUGGUUUAAAGAUGGGCAGGAAAUAAUGCCAGGAGCAGGGUGCGAGAUCCUGCAAAACGAGGACAUCUUCACGCUGAUCAUGAGGAAUGUGCAGCGCCGUCAGGCUGGACAGUAUGAAAUCCAGCUCAGGAACCAAGUUGGAGAAUGCAGCUGCCAGGUGUCUCUGAUGCUGAGAGAAAGUUCAGUUUCCGGAGGAGAAAUGCACAGAGACGGUAGGGAACCAGCCUGCUCUAGAGAACGAAGAGAUGAUGGUGAUCAUGGUGCACUAAUGUUCGGCAGAAUCAGUGGCUUCAGAAAGAGUGGUGGUGACACCAGACCAGCUGAGGAGGAGCAGGAAGACGUUCGAGGGGUACUCAAAAGACGAGUGGAAACCCGGGAGCACACGGAAGAGAGGCUCCGGCAGCAGGAAGCAGAGCAGCUCGAUUUCCGUGACAUUUUGGGGAAGAAAGUCAACACUAAAAGCUUUUCUGAGGAGGAGCUGAAAGAUAUCCCAGCUGAGCAAAUGGACUUCCGUGCUAACCUGCAGCGGCAGGUCAAGCCCAAGACCUUGUCGGAGGAGGAAAGGAAAGUUCACAGCCCUCAGCAGGUGGACUUCCGCGCGGUGCUGGCCAAGAAGGGCACCCCCAAAGUCUCCUUGCCAGAGAAGGUGCCACCCCCUAAACCAGCCACUCCAGAUUUCAGAUCUGUGCUUGGCUCGAAGAAGAAGCCACCAGCUGAGAAUGGCAGCACCAAUACCCAAGCUCAGGACACCAGCACCAAUUCUGUGGCUCAGAAUGCCAGCACCAACUCUGAAGCUCAGCAUGCCAAACCAGAGGUGAAAGAGGAGGAGAAGAAUGACACAAACUGUGCACAUGGGUGCUCGAUGGUAGAUGGUGGAAUAAUUGAGAAGAAAGUCGACAGCAAAGGAAUGGCACCAUCAUUUACAGAGAAGCUCCAGGAUACUCAUGUAGUGGAUGGUGAAAAAUUAGUGUUACAAUGUCGGAUUUCCUCUGAUCCCCCUGCAGCUGUCACCUGGACUCUAGAUGGCAAAGCCAUCAAAUCAUCAAAGUUCAUUGUCAUCUCUCAAGAAGGGUCACUGUGCUCACUCACCAUUGACAAGGCCUUUCCUGAAGAUGUGGGCCAGUACAAAUGCAUAGCUGAGAAUGCAGCAGGGAGAGCUGAAUGUGCUUGCAAAGUGUUGGUGGAUGAUCCCUCACCUACAAAGACCCCAAAGUCUGCUGAGAAGAAGACCAAAAAGCCAAAGAGCUCACUUCCCCCUGUACUUGCAACAGAGAGUGAAGCAACAGUGAAAAAGAAACCACCUCCAAAGACCCCCCCGAAGGCAGUUCUUCCCCCUCAGAUCAUUCAGUUUCCAGAAGACCGAAAAGUCCGUGCUGGUGAAUCAGUGGAACUGUUUUGCAAAGUAGUAGGAACGCCACCCUUAACUUGCACCUGGAUGAAAUUCCGAAAGCAGAUUCAGGAAAACGAACACAUCAAAAUUGAGAAUGCUGAAAACAGCAGUAAACUGACUAUAUCCUCAACGAAGCAGGAACAUUGUGGAUGUUACACUUUAGUGGUAGAAAACAAAAUGGGCAACAGACAAGCACAAGUCAACCUCACAGUUGUCGAUAAACCUGAUCCCCCAGCUGGAAAACCCUGUGCCUCGGACAUACAAAGUUCUUCCCUCACUCUCUCUUGGUAUGGCUCUUCUUACGAUGGUGGAAGUGCUGUGCAGUCUUACACUGUGGAAACCUGGAACUCAGUGGAUAACAAAUGGACAGAUCUCACUACUUGCCGGAGCACUUCUUACAAUGUCAAGUCCCUGCUGGCUGACCGGGAGUACAAAUUCCGGGUGCGAGCUGCUAACGUGUAUGGCAUAAGUGAGCCCAGUCAAGAAUCAGAACUGGUAAAAGUAGGAGAGAAACAAGAAGAACCUAAAGAUGAAGCUGAGCUAUCCGAUGAUGAAGAGAAAGAAACAGAGGUCGACUAUCGGACAGUUACUAUAAAUACACAACAAAAAGUUGCAGAGUUCUACAAUAUUGAAGAAAGAUUGGGAUCGGGGAAAUUUGGACAAGUCUUUAAACUUGUUGAGAAGAAAACUGGAAAAGUUUGGGCAGGAAAAUUUUUCAAAGCAUAUUCAGCUAAGGAUAAAGAAAAUAUAAGGCAGGAAAUCAGCAUCAUGAACUGUCUACAUCAUCCAAAACUUGUCCAGUGUGUAGAUGCCUUUGAAGAAAAAGCCAACAUCGUCAUGGUCUUGGAAAUUGUUUCUGGAGGAGAACUCUUUGAACGAAUCAUUGAUGAGGACUUUGAACUGACAGAGAGAGAGUGUAUUAAAUACAUGAGGCAGAUAUCAGAAGGAGUUCAGUACAUCCAUAAGCAGGGCAUUGUCCAUUUGGACUUGAAGCCGGAAAACAUUAUGUGUGUCAACAAGACUGGGGCAAGGAUCAAACUCAUUGAUUUUGGACUUGCAAGAAGAUUAGAAAGUACAGGUUCUCUGAAAGUUCUCUUUGGGACACCUGAGUUUGUGGCUCCAGAAGUUAUAAACUAUGAACCUAUUGGAUAUGCCACAGAUAUGUGGAGUAUAGGAGUUAUCUGCUACAUCUUGGUCAGUGGACUUUCUCCUUUCAUGGGAGACAAUGACAAUGAAACUUUAGCCAAUGUUACCUCAGCAACCUGGGACUUUGAUGAUGAAGCUUUUGAUGAAAUCUCUGAUGAUGCCAAGGACUUUAUCAGCAAUCUGCUAAAGAAGGAUAUGAAGAGCCGCUUAGAUUGUACUCAAUGUCUUCAGCAUCCUUGGCUGCAAAAAGACACCAAAAACAUGGAAGCCAAAAAACUUUCCAAAGAUAGGAUGAAGAAAUAUAUGGCCAGAAGAAAAUGGCAGAAAACAGGUCAUGCUGUCCGAGCCAUAGGGAGACUAUCCUCCAUGGCAAUGAUUUCUGGUCUGAGUGGAAGGAAGUCCUCUACAAGCUCACCUACCAGUCCUGUACAUACAGAUAAAGUAGACCUGGAUGAUGAUGCUGCCAGGGCUUUUCUUGAAGCAGUGGCAGAGGAAAAACCCCAUGUAAAGCCAUAUUUUACUAAAACAAUCCUGGAUAUAGAAGUUGUGGAAGGAAGUGCUGCUAGGUUUGACUGCAAAAUUGAAGGCUACCCUGACCCUGAGGUAAUCUGGUACAAAGAUGACCAAUCCAUUAAAGAGUCUCGUCACUUCCAGAUAGAUUAUGAUGAGGAUGGGAACUGUUCUUUGACUAUUUCUGAAGUUUGUGGGGACGAUGAUGCCAAAUACACCUGCAAAGCUGUUAAUAGCCUUGGGGAAGCAACUUGUACCGCAGAACUCAUUGUGGAAACAAUGGGAAAAGAAGAAGAGGAGGAGGAGGAGGAGGAGGAAGAAGAAGAAGAAUGAAACAAGACGCAAAGGAAAAGAUAUUUGAAAAAUCACAUUAUAAAGACUAUAUCUCUAAAACUCAAAACCAAGUUAUUAAAAACACCUAGUGUGAUACUUACAUCAUUGGGGGGAAGGUGUUGUUUUUUCAGCAUUAUCAGUUGAUACCUGUUUGUUUUAUUUAUGGGCAUUAAUUGGAAACAGCGGGCACUUUAAGUUGCUAUGGUGAUUGGAUUUAGUUUAAGUAAGUCGGUUGUUGCCCAGCCUAUUUUUAAUGUGAAAGUAUCAUACUAAUCUACAAUUAUAACCUGAAUUUAUAAAUA